UUAUUUUAGGUUCGUGUUUCCUCCGGGGGGUUUUGAAGCUCGUACGGCAGUCAGUGUAUCUACGCUGUAUCGAUUAUUAUGUUCAUAUUGAUCCGGCACGUCGCUGAUAACCGUGUAGACCGUGAUGCAGUGCGGGUGGCCUCUGUUAGGUCCGCUGCAGUGGAUCCGUUACGUCAACAAACUGGUGAAGGUGAAGGCGGGAAAAGAUGAAGAGCACCGCGGGUGGCUGCUGACCGUCGACCCGGUGUCCGCCAGCCUGGUGCUGGUGAACUUCGGGGAGGGUGAGGGGGCAUCGGUGCAGGUGGUGAUGGGUCAUGCCGUGGAGGAGGUGGAGGUCCUGCAGGAGGCCAACGAGGAGAUCACUGAUCGCCUCCAGGCCUCCUUCCUUCCCCCGAGGAACCGGACCCGGCUGGACCCAGAGGAGCUGAGGAGGAGGAGGGGGGGCGUCAGGAGGUGGCUGGAGAAGAACCGGGUCCCGGUGGAGGAGGAGGGGGGCGAGCUGAGGGUGGCGGGGGUCCUGACCAUCGAGGCUCCGUACGGACCUGACGACUGCCGCAGCUCCAACCAGAUCAUCCUGGACCGCAUCCAGAAACUGAUCCACAUCCAACCAGAUCAUCCAGACUCUGAUCCUGACCGGCCCUGCUGACCAAUCAGAGCGCAGCAGCGGCUGACUGAGGCCCCGCCCCUUUCCUCCUGAUGUCAUCAGUUUGAAUGAGAAACUUCAAAAUAAAGUGUUUUUGUUCCAAUUACUAAUCAAUAAUUAUUUUCAAACAGUCUAUCUUCAUCGAUCAAUCAGUCCAUUGAUCAUUUUGUUUAUAAAUGUUUUGUAUUUUUUUUAUUGUUGUGUAUUGGAUUCAAACCGGUGAUGUCCCUUUGUCAUUGUUUAUUACAAAAUAAAACUUUUAUUUCAUGUCAA